UCUGACGGCCAUGCAGCAUUGCAACCAUCUUCUCUCUUGUCUCAUUGUUCAGUUAUAACCCGAGCGAUGUCUGUCCCUGCCCCCACAAGCAGCUGGGACACAAUCAAGAAUGUAUUCUAUCGUAAAGACGAGGUAUACCAAAUGUCCUGGCAAAUCCCCGAUUUGUCAGAUUACCUCGUAGCCGUAGGCAAGAAUGGAGGGCCGAUAGCCAUCAUGAGAGACGAGCGCAAAGUCAUGCUGUUAGGCAAACACAUGCCUGGCAAGCCCAAAAUAUACAUGUACACGUCGUCAGGAUUGCCUAUAGACUCGUUCGCAUGGGAUCUUUCACCUCCCGUCUUACUGCACUUCACGCCGACUCAUCUUUUGGUCGUUUCCGAUGAAGGCACCUAUAGACUGUAUGAUCUUUCCAACCCUGGUUCUUUUGCUCAACAUACGCUCGGAGGAGAGUCUGGUGAGAUGGGAGUUGUAUUCGCCGUGGCGUACAACGAUGGCUUUGUAGUCUUCAAUGGAGGCCUCCAUUUCAUGGAAGUAAAGGGAUGGCAUGGAGCCAGACCAAUUCAAUUGACCUCAUCUCAACUCACGGAACCUCCUUCGUCAUGGACUGUCGUGCCGCCCGAUCAAUCCAUUUCAGGCCAUGUUGAAGUCCUAAUUUCGACAGGAUCGACGAUCAUCACUCUCGACUCGCUAGAACGUAUAGAUCAACGUAUAGACCGAGGGCCAUUCAAUCAUAUUCUCCUAUCCCCCAACGGCCGCUUUUUGGCCCUCAUCACUGUCUCAGGGAUGCUAUGGGUCGUGUCGUCGGACUUUGCGAGGAGUUUAUCGGAAGUGGAGAUUUCGCAAAUCGAAGGCCUAGAUGGUCACGAGGGGCCGGUCGAACAGGCCGCCUGGUGUGGCGACAAUGCCGUGGUGUUGCGCUGGGGUGGAAAAGUCGUAGUUGUCGGACCUGGAGGGGCUGCGUUGAGAUAUGAUUAUUCCCCGUCUGCAGAGCUUGCAGGGGAGAUUGAUGGAUUGAGAAUCAUCUCCUCGUCGACCUGUGAUUUCGUUCAAAAAGUCCCAGACCCAUCUUUAGCCGUGUUUCGUCCUGGAUCAGAUCAUCCCGCUGCGAUACUGUUCGACGCCUUGGAUCACUUCGAGCGCAAAUCGCCGAAGGCCGAUGAGAGCAUACGCGCAAUAAGACCGGAACUAGCAAGCGCAGUCGAUACAUGCAUCGAAGCUGCUGGAAGAGAGACAGAGCCUCAUUGGCAGAAGAAGCUCUUAAGGGCGGCGCAGUUUGGACGUGCUUUCAUGGAUCUGUACAACCCAAGCGACUUUGUAACCAUGGGUCAGACGCUCAAAGUGCUCAACGCUGUGCGAUAUUUUGAGAUUGGUAUUCCCAUUACAUACGAACAAUACCUUGCCUCAUCGGCCACCUCCCUCAUAACCCACCUGAUAUCACGGAAUCUGCACCUUCUCGCGCUUCGAAUAUCUCAGCAUCUAGGUUUGCGCCCAGAUAUGGUCUUAAAGCACUGGGCUACUGCUAAAAUCUCUCACGCAAGAGAGAUGGAUGGACAGACUGAUGAAGCGAUCUGUCAAGCCAUUGUUGCAAAGUUUGAAAAGGAAGGGGAGAGGAGCGUGAGCUACGCUGAGAUUGCAAAGAAGGCUUGGGAGUCGGGCAGGACGACGUUGGCAACAAUGCUACUGGAUCACGAACUCCGAGCUGCAGAGCAGGUCCCUCUUUUGCUGCAGAUGAAGGAGAACAAGGUGGCUCUUGUGAAAGCCAUCGCCUCGGGUGAUACGGACCUAGUAUAUCACGUCCUCCUGCAUUUGCGCAGGACGCUCUCCCCUGGGGACUUUUUCCACAUCCUCGAUGACUCAGUCUCGCCUGGUCUCACUCCUGCCGUCAAAUUGCUGCAAGUCUAUGCGCGAGAGGGUGACCGUCAACUCCUCCGCGACUUUUACUAUCAAGAUGACAGGAGAACUGAGACUGCCUGUCUGGAAAUGGAGGAAGCUGGAGCGAGCCAAAGCCAAGAGCAAAGACUGGAUCAUCUGGCUGCAGCUGCUCAAUCUUUCGGGCAACACAAGGAUAGAGCAUUCGAGGCAAAGAUGACGGAUGAUGCACAUCGAUUGCUGACGCUUCAGUUGACGUACGAAAAGGAGUUAUCAAGUCAGGGCUUGAAAUUUGCUGGUCUGAGUGUCAACCAAUUCAUCUACGAAUUGUUACUGGCUGGCGUGAAUAAGCGAGCGGAAAAGGUCAGAGCGGACUGGAAAGUCCCUGAUAAGCGGUUCUGGUGGAUCAAACUCAAAGCGCUUGCCGCUCUGAAAGAUUGGGACGGUUUAGAAGCAUUUGCAAAGUCCAAGAAGAGUCCGAUAGGCUACGAACCGUUUGUGACCCACUUGCUGUCCCUGAGUCCUCCGCACCCAAGUCAAGCCGCCACGUUCGUCCCUCGAUGCGACCCCAAGGCGAGAUCUGAUCUUUACGUCAAAUGCGCUGAAUGGGGCAAGGCUGCUGAGGCAGCCAAAGAGAGGGGCGACAAGGCAAAGCUAGAGCAAUUGCGUCGGACAGCUCCGAGUGGUUUAGCGCAACGCGACGUAGAUCAAGUCAUCAAGAGCAUGACCAAGUAGUCAUGUGAUCGUUUCGCGGAUCUCAAUAUCCUGCAUGACGAUAUUUCUUCUAAGCAUUUUUCGUUGUAGCUCCUGGA